AUGCCUCCAAACAAUACAACAAUCGAUACAAGACCCGAAGUAUACGAUAUAAUCAAUCUAAAGUCUGAAACAGUUACAAAAACUGUCGAUGAAAGGAGUCAAUCCGCGGACAUUGAUGUCCCCGACAAUGGCGACGAUGAAAAUCUUGACAUGAAAAUCGAAGCGGACCGACUGAAAACAUUCGAAAGAUGGCCAGUGAGCUUCAUAAGCCCCUCCGUGCUAGUCAAAUUGGGUUUUUACUACAUGAAAGUCGACGACAGGGUCAGAUGCGAGUUCUGCAAAGUUGAAAUUGACAGAUGGGAACAAGGUGACGACCCCUCCAUCGACCAUCAACGUUGGGCUCCUAAUUGUCCAUUCCUACGCAACAGGCCUGUAGGAAACGUGCCAAUAGACCCUCCGAGCACGUCCCCAAGACCCGGACCGAGCUACGACGUAUGCGGGCCUUUAACCAUACGUCCCAAUGCCGUUCCAGAAAACCAAAACCUAGGCCUACCUGUCACCAAGGGUCCUGAAUACCCUCAGUACGCCACUGAAGCAGCACGCUUAAGAUCUUACUCCCAAUGGCCGAGCAGUUUAAAGCAACGCCCAGAUGAACUAAGUGAAGCAGGCUUCUUCUACACAGGCCACGAAGACCGUACCCUCUGUUUCCACUGUGGUGGUGGUUUAAAAGACUGGGAACCCGAGGAUGCUCCUUGGGAACAGCACGCACGAUGGUUCCCAACAUGUGUAUACGUGCAACUCAUCAAGGGCAAAGAGUUCAUCAGCAAAGUUGCAGCCACAAUGACUGCCAUACUAACCGCAAACGAAGCCCAAGCCUUGGAAACAACCCCAAGCAUUGUGAGUGUUGCCGAACCCAAAGCAGACAGUGUCACUCCUGAGCCUGUCGUGGAAAAGAACGAUACCAUGGCAUCCACAACUCCAGUGUCGGAGGACAAAUUGUGUAAGAUUUGUUAUAUGGAAGAAAAGAAUGCUGUUUUUGUUCCUUGUGGCCAUGUCGUGUCCUGUAUAAAGUGUUCGCUGUCAGUAAAAGCAUGCCCAGUUUGCCAAAGGCCAUACACAGGAGUUAUGAGAGUAUUUUUCUCUUAG